GAAGAAUGCCAAGACCAGCCCACUUCAUUCAAGAUCCAAGGUUCAGAGUCAAAUCAGUCUGUCUGUUGUAUCUGGAGGCUCUGGAGAAGAUACACGACAGGAAUUUCUCAUUUUACUUCAUCCAACUUUACAGUUCCCUCUGCUGGCCUUUCAGGACAUAGCAAAGCUGUGAUUUGAGCAUCGAGCAAAAAAAGAAGUCAAUUUCUCAUCACAGACAAACCAGCAACAUCAUCAGGAUAUAUCAGUAUUAUAUUAAAUAUCACCUCAUCUGGAGGAACAUGGCAACAGGAUGGAUAGCACAUCUAACUGGGAUCAAAAACAAAACUAGUUUUUAAAGAAAAAAAUUAAUUUCUGGAAUAAUGGAAGCUUCGUAUUCGGCAAGUGCUGCGGUCGCUCCGUCGUUGCCUCCGUCGCCGGGCUACCUGCUCAGAAUGUUUCGGGAAUAUCAGAACAACGCUGUCAUCAUGAAUCAUUACAACUUCACCGGAAAGCUGAAAGAGAACAAGUAUCGCGAUGGACUUAAACCCGAAGCCAUCACGUUUCUCAUCAUUUGUUUGCUUAUAGUGGUUGAAAAUGCUGUUGUUCUGGUGGCAAUCUGGAAAAAUAAAAAAUUUCACAUGCCCAUGUACUACUUGUUGGGCAACUUGACGCUCUCUGACAUGCUGGCGGGCUUUACCUACAUGGUAAACAUUGUGACUUCGGGGGCAAACACUCUCAAAAUGACUCCAGUCCUGUGGUUUCUCAGGGAAGGUGGUGUUUUUAUAACUCUCUCAGCUUCUGUCAUAAGCCUCCUCGCCAUCGCCAUCGAGCGCCAUGUGACGAUGGUGCGAAUGAAGCCCUACCAAGGUGCCAAGCGUGGACGGAUGUUCGGUUUGAUCUGCGCAAGCUGGGUCUUGUCGGUGCUUCUGGGCAUUCUUCCAAUCAUGGGUUGGAACUGCAUGGGAAACCUGGACUCGUGUUCCACCGUCCUGCCUCUUUACGCCAAGAGCUUCAUCCUCUUCUGCGUCACCCUGUUCACAUUGAUCCUUCUGGCCAUCGUGGUGCUCUACGUACGCAUUUUCCGCAUAGUCAAGUCCAACACCCAACGGUUGGGCUGUGGUCCUCAGCGGAAAGGUCUGGCGAGGAAGUCCCAGAAGUAUUUGGCUCUGUUGAAGACCGUCACCAUCGUUCUUGGUGUCUUCAUCGCUUGCUGGCUGCCUCUCUUUGUGCUGCUUCUGUUGGACUUCUGCUGUCCCGCUCAAAGCUGCCAGGUGCUGUUUAAGGCGGAUUACUUCCUGGGCAUCGCCAUGAUCAACUCUCUUCUAAAUCCCAUCAUUUACACCCUAACUAGCAAAGACAUGCGAAGGGCCAUAUUGAGGCUGGUUUGCAGCUACUGUCUGCUGACGAAAGAUGGACAGGUGAAGAAGUUUGGCAUGCCUUUCCUGGACUGUAGCACAAGUAGGGCCGAGCUGCCCUCACACAGGCUCGAAGGCCUGGAGACGACGGUCUCCUCUGGGAACUUUUCACCGUCCACUAUAAAAGCCAUCUACCCAAGGGUAUUAAAGACUGGAACAUGAGAAAGUAACAACCAGGGCUCAAAUGGACGCCGUCCAACAUUUCCCGACUCAGUUUGUCCUAGUGAAUAUUUAUGAACUGAAAAGGAAACAAAUUUGAGACGAAGAGAGAUUAAAAAACAUUUCUCUGCAGCUUUGAGCCGGUCGCAAAUGUUGUGUUUGCAACUGCGAAGACUUGGCUUCACACACAUGCAUUUAACUAAACCAAGAGACUGCCAGAGAUUGCGGUAGACCAGACGAAUGGAUUUUCCUUACUGUGAUAAACACCAGUGUUUAAAACAGAUCGUCUGAGGGUCAGACUAGCAAAACAACGGCUAAAUUCUCAUUUUAAAAAUAGGAUUUCAAACGGCACACAGUUACAACCGGUUUUACAGCUGAACUGAGUCUGUCUGUAGUACAGGGUGGUUGCCAGAUAUGUUGUAAAGAUGCUUUAAAAAGGACUCUUAUGAGUUGGACUUUUUUCAUGAUUUUGCAAAACAACAACUAUUAUAUAAUGGCUGAAAUGUUCAAAGGCUUUGUGGUUUAAAGCUGCAAAGAAAACGUUGGGUUGAUUCCUUCACAAACGCAUUAGUAUAUACGCACGCAAACUGAAAUGUUAAAAAAGUUACAAAAAUACAAGCUAGAGUUUACAGCUCUACGUAACUAGUAAUUUCAAGUAUACUAUGCUUGUUUUUUAGCUUUACCUUCAGUAAACUGUUUCAACUGACACAAGCUAUAUAAAUAGUGUAUAUUUUAUAAAUAUUGUUACAAAGUUUUGUAUGCAAUUGUAUAAUUGUUAUAAUUUAGCAGUCUGCAGUGAUAAAAAAAGCACUGUUAUAGGGUGUGUUUGUAUUUUAAAAAAUGCAUUAGUACUUGUUUUUAUAUAUUUUGUUGAUCUUAAAUUAUGAGCCUUGUACAAAAAUCUUUUAUAUGUGCAUUAAUGAUAAUUAAAAGCAAAGUGUUCCUAAAUCUCUUGCUUAAAAAAUGAUGUGCCUCAAAAAUACUACUAAAAAUAUCCCACAUUUUCCAUUGAAGAAAGACACAUAUACACAACCAAACAUAGAUAAAGGUGUAUAUGUAUGUAAACAGAAACAUUUUAGUCAAGAAAUGCAAUGGAAAAUUUCUGACAAUUUGUGGUUCGAGUGCAAAAUGAUAACAAUUACAAGCUAACAGAGUGAGCUGAGCUGAUUUCCAAUAGCUUCAAUCACACCCACACCACAUGUUAACCAGGAUUAAGCUAUAUAAUCGAUGCGGUUUUGUCUUUUCACAAGACGUGAGCCACACGUCAAAAGUUUUCACUGCACGGUCGUUGCAAAAAACCCUACAAAAAAGGCCAAAAGCUCGUGCCAGUCCGGAUGUUUAUCAAAAGUGAAAGAGCUUGUCUUUGCACCUCAGAAACAAGGCUAUGGGCUGACUCAUUUACAGAGACAAGCAAACACUCAAGCGCUCACACCAACACGGCACACUGAGGAGGCUUUAAAAAUGUGUGACCCAGUCUGUAAAGACGCAACUUAAGUCAUUUUGUGUCAUUUGCAUCUGUAUCUGUGAAAAUAUAACCUUGAUAUUUUUAACAUCCUAAGACAUACUGUACGUGGACAUCACUUUU